AUGAAAGUUACAAAUCUUAUAUGGUGGCUUUCAUGGUCAAGUCUACUAGUUGCCUCUCCGUUGGAGGAGCGUGCAGCCAGCUCUUCGGCAUGUGAUAAUGCUCAAGUAAAGGCUCUAAGAUCUAGCAACGCCAAUUGCUAUUGUUCUUCAUAUCUCCAAAUACCAGUCUCGACUGUCACGAAAUUUACGACCCGCACAUCUACGAUACAAACGACUAUUACGCACAACCAGAUUACGACCAAAGUGUCAACUAAUAACAUAAAAUCAACUGUUACAACUCGAACUGUUACUGCCAGCCCGAAAACUGGAUACACUACCUUGACUAGGACAGUGACGCAUCUCGAUCAUCCAAGGGAACUGGUAGAGAGAGCCACAGUCUCGACAUGUGCUACACCAGCAAUGGUCAAGAGCAUGAAGAAGGCUGCAAUCUCAAGUGCUUGCAGCUGUUUGUCAAUAGUACCUCGCAAGACUACUAUCAUCAAAACGAACGUACAACGCAUCACUCGAGUAUCGACUAAACUCGCGAGCUCCACUGCCCUGCGUACCACGACUAUCAGAUCUAAAGCUACUGCAGUGGCAAGUGUCACGCCUCUUCGACUAACGUCGACUUUAACAAAGUCUAAGAGCACGUCAUCCUCGAAGACCUCAAGUCUUUCCGCGAGCAGCCUGUCACCUAUGCCCAGUAGCAAGCCGACAAGUUUUACAACAAGCAGUAAAUCAACAAGAUCGGUAUCGAGCAGCAAAUUGUCAAAUCUGGCAUCGAGCAGCCGAUCAACUUCUUCAGCAUCAACAAUUCGAUCGUCGAGCAGUUUCCUCACCAACGUGCAACCUCCCGUCGGCUUCCCCAGCAGCAGUCGAGUCACAAGUAGUAGCUCUAGCACUACUACCUCUGAGUUUCCUACCUCGACAAUCGAAGGAGCUCGGUCGUCAGAUGUACUGGCUAAAACCUCUUCCGAAGAGGUUUCAGCAGUCUCUACAUCCAGGACGUCCAGCAAGACAUCAAGUGUCGCUUCAAGUCAGUCGUUGAAUGUUGUUACAAGCAAGUCCUCGAGUGCUGCAACAAGCAAGUCUUCAAGUACUGUGUCAAGCAAAUCAGCGAGCAGAUCUUCUAGCGCUCUUGCAACGACAUCGUCUAGCAAGAUUUCCAGCACAUCAACAAGCAAAUCAUCGACAAAGGCAACAGUCACUAGCUCUAGCAAGAUCAGCAGCACUUCCACAACCAAGACUUCUAGUAAAACAUCCAGCACCAGCCAAAAGACCUCCGAGACAGCUUCCAUAAGAGCCUAUCCACCAGAAGGACCACUAUACACACCGAACACGAACGCAUGCGCUUCGAGGACGGCAAUGUCUUUCAGCAGGACCAGCACUAGAUCUGCCUCGAGGACUUUCAGCACGAGCAGAGCAGGAUCAUCGUCGUCCUUUUCCGCGUCAAGCAAAGCAACAUCACUAUCCGCCUUCUCCUUGACAUCGAGCAAAGCGAUAUCGAGUUCAACACGGAGCAGUUCGACACCUCGAUUCACAUUCCCGUCCAACAGUACGAUGUCAACAUAUACAUCUGCCUCUUCAUCCUCCAGCUCAACCUCCUCACCACAAGUCAACCAAUUCUCCACCUCGGACGAAGAUGACAACACCUCCACAAACGACACAAUCAACAACUUCCCCUCGGACAACCCAUCCAACUCCUCAACCUCCUCCUCCCCCUCAAUCUCAGACCCAUCCGAUCUUUCCUCCUCCAACUCCACUUCCAACAUCACAACAUCCAACCUCUUAGCUCAAGCCAAUAAACCCUUCCACCUGCAAUCCUCCUGCACAUCCAACCUCCAAAUCUCCGGCUUAUACGCAACCCUCCUCUCCACAAACGAUAACCCAACCCUCCAAUUCACCUCUUCCCCCUCUUCAGCAUCUCUCUUCCACCUCUCCACCUCUGGCUACUUAUACAUUCUCCCUUCUGCUGCCCAAUCUUCAUCUUCAAAUCAGCACUUUAUUUCCUUUUCUGAUGAAAAACUGAUUGCGAAUAUUGAUGUCGGGGUGGGGGAGAUGGAUUUAUUCUUUAAUGAAGAGGAGGAUGGGAUGGGGGUGGGGAUGGGGGCGGAAAAGGUCAAGUGUGGGGUCGAUGAGGAUGGGGUGUUGCAAUGUGUGACGAGUGGGACUGAUGAGGUGGUGUGGUGUGAAGGGGAGGGGACGAUUAAAUUGGCUGGGUGUGUGGUGGAGGGGUGUGAGGGGGCGGAGUUGGUUGUUGUGUAUGUUUGA